UUUAUGAGGAGGAGAAAAGUGGACUCCAUAGAGAUCCAGCAAAUGAAAGCACAGGCCAGGGAAGAAAAAGCCAGGAAAAAGAUGGAGAAUCAGAGGCUGGCCAGGGAGAAGCAGCUCCGAGAAGAAGCCGAGAGAGCCAAGGAAGAGCUGGAAAGGCGCCUUUUCCAGCUGGAAGAUGAAGCCAGGCAGGCCAACGAGGCUCUGCUCCGAUCCCAGGAGGCAGCCGAGCUGCUGGCUGAGAAAGCCCAGAUUGCAGAAGAAGAGGCCAAGCUGCUGGCCCAGAAUGCUGCAGAAGCUGAGCAGGAGCGCCAGAGGCUGGAGAUCACAGCCCUGAAAAGCAAAGAGGAGAAAAGGCUGAUGGAGCAGAAGAUGAGGGAGGCGGAGCUGAUCGCGGUGAAGCUGGUCAAGGAGUCCGACAGGAGAGCCAAGGAGGCAGAGCACCUGAAGCAAGACCUGCACGAGGCCCGUGAGGCCGAGCGCAAAGCCAAGCAGAAGCUCUUGGACAUCACCAGGAUUAAUUACCCUCACAUGGCCAAGUACCCCCAGUACUCCCCAGGUGACAGCAGAGACGUCAACUUCGACAAAGGAUCCAUAAAAUUGGAUUUGAAGGACAUCGACCUCAAGAGACUCUCCUUUGAGAUAGAGAGAGAGAGGCUUGACUACUUGGAAAAGAGCAGGAAAUUCGAAGAUCGACUGAAGGAACUGAAGUCCGAAAUCCACGCUCUGAAACUGGAGGAAAAGCAGGCUGGGCUUUACUCUCAUUGGAAUGAAGUCCUGGGCUCCUUGGAUCGCUCCUUAGGGUCUGCCCCAGCGUGGAUGAAAACCUUCAAAAGUGGAGAUGCAAAUCUUCCAAGACCUUUCCCUGCUUACUUGGUAAACACUGCAGGCAGCUGGCCCUGCACCAACAAAACUCAACACGCUGUGCCAGUGGAAAAGUCAUCUUCCCAAGCAAAUCCCUUGGUUGCCAACAGCGUGGGCACAGGAGCCAGAAAACAGAUGAUCAAGGUUCAGCAGCACGACUCGGAUGUGAUCUACAUCUGAAGCUCCUUGUUUCCUUGCCAGACUGGUGGGACUGGUGGCUGCCUUUUUCCCAGCUACAGGAGUCACCUCUGUGGGGACAAGGCCCUGGUGGCACAGAGCUGCCACCCAGGUGCCACCAGCUGGGGAUGCCCAGGGUGUGAGGGAGUGGUACAAACCCGGGGCUGUUGUUUGCUGCUCGUGGAAGGAACAUUUCACAUUUCACCCUCAGCCACCCCUUCCUCCCCGAGGUGUGUCACAUCCUCACAGUGCUCUGCUGCUGCUGGAGGAAGGAUGAGAGGCAGCAAGUGCCCAGGAGGUGUUUGGGAUGAGGAAAAUGAGCACAAACUCGGUGUUUAUCUCCACCACAGACUAAUUAUGUUUUUGGUCCGGUCCCUGGGACACGACUCCCACAGAGCUGCUCGCCGUUUUAAGCGCUUGCCUGCCAAGUAUUUUCCUUCUCCUCCCCAAACAUCCCUUGCUUCACUUAAUUGAUUUGCAUUUCUCUGUGAGAAGUCUCAGCUUUUCAUUCCACAUGCAGAAGUGGACAUCUUCAAAAUGCCUCCUGCUCCUGGGGGAAUCCUUUGUUUGCAAUGCAGAGCUUCUGUUCUUCCACUCCCCGACUCGAUCAAGCACUUUCUGCUCGAGCAAACUUUGCAUACAUUAACUGCCUUCCCGCUUCUGUGCAGUUCUGGCUCCCAAAUUAGACCAAGACAAAAGAUGCUGGUGGUGUCUGCUACAGUGGGAUUGUUUCUGGUGGAGAAAGUGGCUGCCUCAUUAGUAAAACCCACUUGCAUUUUCCUGUUUGUUGUGUGUGUUUAAGUGUCUGCUUCUCUGUGAAUCUUCGCUCUCAGGACUUCUGGGCAGGCAGACAGUGUUCAGAUGAAGCAGGAACAUGUGAUGUGUGAUAGAAAAACGAAUGUUAAUGUUGUUAAGUGUCUUGUUCUAAAAGCUGAGAUUAAAGAAAAAAUAAAAAAACGGUUUAAUAAAAAGCUUCAAUUUCCGUUUGCUU